AGCUGCGGGGCUGCCACAAUGCCUCCCACUCAAGCAGAAAGUGUUAUAAAGAAUAUUAUACGAGAAAUAGGGCAAGAAUGCGCAGCCCACGGAGAGAUUGCUUCCGAAACGGUGGUCGCUUUUAUGGUGAAGGCGGUUGUCCUGGAUCCCAGCAAUGGCUUUAACAUGGACAGGACCCUCAUGAAGAGCGACGUGCAGAAACUAGUUAAGCUUUGUGUGGCUCGGCUAUUGGACAAUAAAAAUCCAUCCCUGGACACCAUUAAGAUGCAGGUCUACUUUGAUAUGAAUUACACAAGUCGAGAGGACUUUCUUGAAGAACAUCACCGGGUCCUAGAGUCCAGACUAGGAGCUGUUUGCAGAGAAAUUACUGACAACAGAGCAUGCACUAGAGAAGAACUGGAAAGCCUCUACAGAAAGAUUGUGAGCUAUGUGCUACUGCGGUCUGGGCUCGGGUCCCCCACAGACAUCAAGAUUGUCAGAGAGGCAACGGCUGCCCUGCAGAGCGUUUUCCCUCUGGCCGAGGUUGGGACAUUUCUGACUCUCAGUAAGAAGGACAAAGAACGCCAGCUGAAAGAGCUCACCAUGAUUGUCACUGGAAUUCGGUUAUUUAACAGAGACUGUGGGAAAGGAGGCGAAGGCAUUGAUGACUUACCAGCCAUCCUCCAUGAAGCCAUCCCAGCCACCACUCAGCGCAUCGACUCCCAGCUCCAGACUGCCCAAGACCUGGCAUUUCGCUACACAGCCAUCAUUGAGAAAAUAACAAAGAACCCGCUCAAAACCAAGGAACUUGAGCCGUAUAUGUUAAAGGAAGCGCUGUAUAAUAUUCGACAGUAUGAGAUCUUCCUUCAGACUAUUUUGUCAGAUAUAAUUACUUGUGCUCAAGAAGUGGAACUGAUGAUAAAACAAUUAGCAGCUCAACUGGAACAAUUGAAAAUGACAGUAAAGUCAAAGACAGCUAUCCCAACAUCACAAGUCUUUCCUAUCUUCAUUGCUCUGGCAAAUCUGUGGAUGAGCUUUCAGGAUGAGACCGUUUUGAUUAGCGUCCUCACUAACUUGACCACUAACCUGGAGCUGUUCCUGGGCACUCAUGAGCUUCUCUAUCCCGAGAAAUCGAUCCAGAGUCUUCUGGAUGACGUCACUGUGAAGACUGAUAUGGCCAGAAUAAAGGAGCACAUGGACGAAAAAGUACGUGUGUCAGAUUUUAGAAAACUGGAGUGGCUUUUCCCAGAAACAACAGCAAAUUUUGAAAAACUGCUAAUUCAGUACCGCGGAUUUUGUGGCUACACGUUCGCUGCAACAGAUGGUCUUCUCCUCCCAGGAAAUCCAACAAUUGGAAUUUUGAAAUAUAAAGAAAAAUACUACACUUUCAAUAGCAAGGAUGCUGCAUAUUCAUUCGCAGAAAAUCCUGAACGUUAUAUCAAUCUGAUUAAAGAAAAAGCUAAAAAGAAUACAGAGUUAAUUCAGCUGCUAGAACUUCAUCAACAGUUUGAAACUGUCGUCCCAUAUUCUCAGAUGAGAGAUAUUGACAAGCAUUUCAUAAAACCCAUUACAAAGUGUGAAACUAGCACACAGACAGAUACGCACCUAUUGCCACCAAAUGUCAUGAGGUCAUAUGAGUGGAAUGAAUGGGAAUUAAGAAGAAAAGCUAUAAAACUGGCUAAUUUGCGCCAGAAAAUGACUCACUCUGUACAAACUGACCUAAGCCACAUGAGAAGAGAAAGUUCCUCACAGGUGUACCCUCCAAAGACUGUUGGCACCCAGACCAUGAAAGAAAACAGCUCUCGAGUGCCCCGGCCCCAGAUUUUCAUAGCUGGUCUGCGUGGGGGAGAGAGCAAAACAACCUACGGGGUGAAGGUGAACUUAACCAGACCAGUGGAUGAAACCUAGCCAAGGGAACGGAGAAGCUGCUCCAUCCAGUGUGGAAAAAGAGUUCAAAGUCCUGGACAGGUAUAUUAAGCCCCACAUCCUGCCUGACUGCUGGGAAAAUCUAGAAGCAAUCUCUGCAGCACAUUUCUUUUUGUAUUAAA